GCCUGAUAACUGAAAGUUCUCCAUCCCAUUCUACUUUUGGAGACUCUAGGAACCGCAAGUAAGCCUGCGUUCUGGAAGUGCAGGGUUCUACAGUGGUUAAAGGACAUAUCAUGAUCAAAGGAUAUACGCAGCAUCACUUCUUCUGCAACAGUGAAGCUAAAAGGAACAUCGCCCUUGUGAUCAUCUGCAGGGAGGGGCGUCUCUCCUGCCUCUAUGACAAAGAUGCUGCACUUAUUUGUGGUCCUGGCUCUGUUCGGUCUGUGUUCAGGAGAAGAAGGAGCCCGUUUACUGGCCUCUAAAUCCCUGCUGAACCGCUAUGCUGUGGAGGGCCGUGAUCUCACCCUGCAGUACAACAUCUACAAUGUGGGCUCCAGUGCUGCUCUGGAGGUGGAGCUUUCAGAUGAUUCUUUUCCUCCCGAAGACUUUGGAAUUGUCUCUGGAAUGUUGAAUGUCAAAUGGGACAGGAUUGCACCAGCCAGCAAUGUCUCUCAUACAGUCGUGUUGCGCCCCCUGAAAGCUGGAUACUUUAAUUUCACCUCUGCUUCUGUCAGCUACCUGGCCCAGGAGGGAGGACAUGUCGUGAUUGGCUAUACCAGUGCUCCAGGCCAGGGAGGCAUCCUGGCUCAGAGGGAGUUUGACCGGCGCUUCUCCCCACAUUAUCUGGACUGGGCUGCGUUCGGUGUGAUGACUCUGCCUUCCAUUGGCAUCCCUCUGCUCCUCUGGUACUCCAGCAAAAGGAAGUACGACUCACCAAAGGCCAAGAAGAACUGAGAAAGCACUGCUGGGUUUAAGGCUGGUGAUGGAAGUUAAAGGGUUUAGUGGGCACAGGAUCUCUCAAUAACUUAAUAACCCAUAUUGGGGUUGAAAGUUGAAAGAAAAGUACAGUGACAAAGAAACGUGAUUGUGAUUUAGUCAAAGAGGAAGUGUGAUUAAGAGAGCUUUGGAUCAGGAAGUAGGACAACAGCAAUAGUAAGGUGAAAGACGAGCUUUACCAACUGCUGGUCAUUCCUUCAUAUUUGCAAGUGGGUUCUUUGACAGUACAGUUACACUGGCAGUUACUACUGUAACAGGUUUUUGCAGUUUUGUAAUUGUAUAUGUAAUGUACUGAAUUCACAUUUCAAGUUUGUAGCCAGUUAUUGAACUGCAAAAUAAAUUAAUAAAAAGCUGGGUUUUUCUAAA